GCGCAGGUUGUCGUUGGUGUCCUACCCGCAGCUGUUCCUCUUUUUUCUGUGGUAUUAAAAAUAGACCGGUGCUGAUAACGGACUCGUGUUGCGGCUACACCACUUCCCGUCGGGGAUCAUUUGUGCGCCACUUUCAUUUUAAUCACCAAACCGUGACCGUGACAGCGCAAACGCGCAUCGGUCUGCGCAUCUCUGAAAUCUUCACUACAGUGUGGACAACCUCCCUGACAUCCAGAGACCUCUCCUCCGCAAUCCGACGAGGGCUUCUCUGCCGCCUAUGGCUGCUCAUCGUCGGCAUCCCUGAGCCGCUGGCCUCGUCCCCGGACCAUUCACCUGCAGCUGUCAUCUGAAGGUCUUUGAAUCAGGGAGACGUCUCUACGAUCAUCAUUAUUUUUUCUUUUCUUUUUUACAUCAUCAUCCUUAAAGAACCCGCUGCUAUGCUGGGCCCAUCUCUCUAGAUCUUUUGAUCAAUACACACGAGCUCUCAUCCCACAUCCGUCCGACCGAGACCCUGGUACUCUCAUCGAGCCCCGACGAUGCAUCCUAACGCAGCGAUGCUGGCGAUGGUCCUUUUGGGGAACUUGGCGGUGCCUUUCGCCUCGGCUCAAAACGCUGGGUUUGUGAAGUCGCCCAUGUCUGAGACUAAGCUUACGGGGGACACCUUUGAGCUGUACUGCGACGUGGUCGGCAACCCCACUCCAGAGAUCCAGUGGUGGUAUGCUGAGAUCAACCGAGCCGACUCCUUCAAGCAGCUGUGGGACGGAGCCCGCAAACGCCGGGUAUCUAUCAACACGGCUUACGGCACCAAUGGGGUCAGUGUGCUCGGCAUCACGCGCCUCACACUGGAGGACUCUGGGACCUAUGAGUGCCGGGCCAGCAACGACCCCAGGCGCAAUGACCGCCGACAAAACCCUGCCAUCACCUGGAUCCGCGCCCAGGCCACCAUUUCGGUGCUACAGAAACCAAAGAUCAAUGCCUCUGAUCAGAUCAUCCUGUCAGCGGAAACCUCAGGCAAACCCGUUACCCUGCAGUGUAACCUCACCACUGCCCACACCCCUCACAAGGAAAGCUUCUGGAUGAAGAAUGGACAGGAGAUCACCAAUACACGGACAGAUCAAAUGAACACAUCGCACAGAAUCAUUAAACCACGAGCGGACGUUUCUGGGGAAUACAUGUGUGUGUUCACAUUUGACAUGGCACCAAAUGCAAAUGCAACAAUCGAAGUAAAAGCCGACAGCAAAGCCAUCAACUUGAAUAAGGAAUCUUCUCUGAGAAAGGCAAAACCUGAUAUCACCGGCCACAAGAGGAGUGAAAAUAAAAACGAGGGGGAAAAUGCAACAAUGUACUGUAAGUCUGUUGGUUACCCACAUCCCACCUGGACAUGGCGUAAAGUGGACGGAACAUCCUACAUGGAAAUUGACAACUCUACUGGACGCUUCUUCAUCACCAACAGAGACAACUACACAGAGCUCUACAUACUAAACCUGGACAUAGACACAGAUCCUGGAAUAUAUGAAUGCAAUGCCACCAACGUGAUAGGAAACACUGCUGAGACCACUAUUCUGCGUGUGCGCAGCCAUCUUGCACCGCUUUGGCCUUUCCUGGGUGUGCUAGCAGAGAUUAUAAUCCUAGUUGUCAUCAUUGUUGUGUACGAGAAACGCAAGAGGCCGGACGACAUCAUCGAGGACGAUGAACCAGUAGGACCAAUGAAAACAAAUUCAACAAACAACCACAAGGACAAAAACAUUCGCCAGAGGAAUACAAAAUAAGCAAUUUACUCAAGUGAGAUGGCUAAAAACUGUGUUAUUGUGACAAGAUGAAGGUAUCAGCGGUGGAUAGAUCUCCAGGCAGUUUCGAAUAUAAGCAUAUCUUGUCUCUUUUUAUGAGAAACAAUAUCAGCAUAACACUGGCAACAAAAAGAACAUAACGGCUGUCUUAAGCAUGCCUUAUUCAGUCUUACGUGGAGAUUUCAGGAUGACGAAUAAUGACUAAAACCACCUCAAAGGUGUACACAUUUUUAAUGUGCUGUUGAUGUCUCCUUUAUUGAUUUCAUCAUGUCCUCGAUUGAGGUGAUCCCUUUUGUAUUACAUAUCAUGUACAAUGCAUGCAAGAUUAUUACGCAAUAGGAUACUCAGAAUAGACAUUUUCUGUUGUUAUCCCCCUCGUGUGGCUUUUUUUGCAUCCAAAAUGACCUAUGUUUUUUAUGAAAUCAAUAUAUAUAUAGAUAUAUAUAUAUAUAUCUAUAUAUAUAUGUGUGUGUGGAUAUAUAUAUAUAUACAUAUAUAUAUAUAUAUAUAUAUGGAGAGUUAUUCUUAAAGAUUUGUACAGCAUAUCAUGGUCAUUUAACUAUGUUUGAUUUUGUGACAAUAAGUCCACUUUUAACAGAACUUUUAUUGUGAAGCAAGGGCUUCAUUAACUGGCAGUAUUUAAAUUUAAUUAUUAAAUUGAGAGUGAUUACAGAAGAUGACUACUGUGUGUUUAAAUAUCUACGAUAAAAUGUGUAUUACUUUUAUUUUCUUUCCAGAGUAACUUAGGUGUCUUGUAUAUGUUGAUGUAUGAGUGUUCAAAUAAUAGGAAAUCUGUAAAAAAUAUUUUUUUUUAUAUUCCCCAAAUUCAUGAAUUGAUUUUUAUUUUCUAUUUUUUCUCUUUAACUGUAUAGCAUGGCUAUAAUCCUAUGCAAUAUGUAUUCUUAAAUAGAUAUAUGGAGGGCGGUUUGUUUUACUCAGUGAAGCUUUAAUAUUGUGGGAUCACUUGGAAGCUGGCAUAGCAAAAUUCACUGCUGUAGCUGCAUGACUCCUGUUUCAAUACAAUGUAUCCAUGUGUGUGGCGGUGGGAAUGGACCGGCGUUAGGGUGGGGUCAGAGGGACCAGAGUAUAUAGCCACAAUCAAACAUGAGUGAGACCAAUAUUUUCUUUUCUGAAUAAAAAGUUUAAAAAAGGAA